GAGUCUGACAAAACCAAGAACAGUGGCAGUUGCCCCACUAAGUAACCAUUGAACUCAACCAAACGUUAAAAUUCAAUCUUUGUAAUAAAAUUAAAUAUGUGUCGGAACAUGUAUAUAGUAUAGAGUCAUGAAUCGAAUCCUGUAUUUUCUUGCUACUAAUAUUCAUGCUUGUAGUAUUAGUACUACUCCUAUUUAUUGAUCAUUUGACUAUUCUAUCAUCUUCUCAAACACUCACCAGCAAACUGCUCCUCCUUUUCUGUUUUCUAGAGAGAGAGAGUUUGCUGCGCCAUGAUGUUUGAUCUCAAUCUGAGCGCCGACUGCAACUGGAAGGCGGAUCUUUGCCACUCUCCAGCGACGUCCGUUUCUUCGGUCGUGGACGGAGAGACCGCCUCCAGCAACGACGACUCGUGCUCCACACGCGCCGCCGUCACAUUGAACUUCGACAUCGUCGUCGAUCGCGAUUGCGGGCUGGUGACGCGGGAGCUUUUCCCGGCGAGUGGACUCGGCGAACCGGUGACUCGGUCAGAGGUACAACCGCCGCAGCAGCAGGUGCAACCGAGGAAGAGCCGCAGGGGGCCCAGGUCGAGAAGCUCCCAGUACAGAGGGGUUACGUUUUAUAGAAGAACUGGCAGAUGGGAGUCACAUAUUUGGGAUUGUGGGAAACAAGUUUAUUUGGGUGGAUUUGACACUGCUCUUGCCGCUGCUAGAGCUUAUGAUAGAGCUGCAAUAAAAUUCCGCGGUGUGGAAGCCGACAUCAACUUCAAGCUCAGUGAUUAUGAGGAAGAUAUGAAACAGACGAAGAAGAUGUCCAAGGAGGAGUUUGUGCAGAUACUGCGUCGACAUAGCACCGGAUUCUCCAGAGGAACCUCCAAAUACAGAGGCGUAACGCUUCACAAAUGCGGGCGCUGGGAGGCUCGAAUGGGCCAGUUUCUCGGCAAGAAGUAUAUAUAUCUUGGGCUAUUCGACAAUGAAGUAGAGGCAGCAAGGGCUUAUGAUAAGGCGGCUAUCAAGUGUAACGGUAGGGAAGCUGUCACUAACUUUGAAUCGAGCUCAUACCACACCGAGAUCAUGCCAGAAUCAAGCUGUCUUGAUUUGAACUUGGGGAUUUCGACGUCUUCUCCCAAAGAGAUUCAGAGUUUUCAGUUCCAGCCUUACCAAGUUCAAAAGCUCCAUGUUGCUGCUACAAGACCGGAGUUGGAUGGAUUUCCGGUGACAUCCCUACACCCGAUUCUGUUGCCGGCUCCAAAUUAUGAGGAAAGGGCGGGUCAUGGCAUGAGUUAUAGUUCAGAGGAAGUAGUGAAGUGGGCGUGGCGAAUGCAUCAUGCGACACCAAGUACUGCAGCAUCAUCAGGAUUCUCGUCACCUGUAUUCUCAAAUUCGACUCCAUCCCUCAACCUCUGCUUCUCGUCAAAUCCCACCAACGUCUACUCCUCGUCCCAGACCCCGCCAUGUUAAAUUUUUCUUGGUCUCACCCUUUUGCUCUCAUUCUUUUCUUCAUUGGGAAAUAUUGAAUACUUUGGUUUGUCAAUGGAGGUUUAGUAGUGUUGUUUCUUGAUGUUAGAAGAGCACCUCUACCCCUCCCUCCCCCUUUGUAUCAAAUAUAUUUCUUUUUACACGAUUUUGUAGAUGUGAAAUGUAUAAUUAUUAUACACAACGUUUCAUGAUCAAAUCACUCAUUAAUUAUAAGCUUGAGUAUUUUUUCGAAA